AUGUCCGCCUCGCGCUAUCCGGACAACAACAGAUACCCCCGCGACCGCUCGCCGCCCUACCGAGACCGCAGACCUUCCACCUUUGGCGGCGGAUACCCCCCAAGGGGUAACGAAAACAUCAGACCCAGUGCAGAUGCCGGCGGAUUCCCUCCCAGAGAGACCCCCCGCGGGCCCAAGUCGCUAGCUGACGCGCCACGUGGCCCAGCUGCAGGACCACUGUCGGGCGCGCCUUUGGCCCCACGUGAUGGACGCGGAAGAGGUUUCGCAGGACGGGGUGAGGCUACUUCCUUGCGGGAUGCGCCGCCUUUGAGCAGCGGAUCUGCAGCCCCUUCGCACAAUUCCCAUAAUUCCUGGAGGGCUGACCGUGACCGAGAUCGUGAUUUCGAUCGACGAGGAGACCGACGACCCACUCCACCACCACGCCGAUCGCCCAUUCGAGACACUCGAGACGCUCGCGACCAGAGAGACUUUGCGCCCCGGGACCUAGACGUCAACCGCCCAGCACGACGCAACUCACGCGACGGUGGUCCGCCUUUGGUGGCAUCCACCUACUCUGAUCCUCCGCCCCUCGGCACGGGAUCUUCGUAUCGCGGCGGCGGCGCCAUCGGACGAGGACGAGGAGGUGGCUUUGUCGCCCGUGGGCGCAACUUUCAUCCCGAUGAUCGAGACAGACACCAUGAUCCACGUGACCGCCCACCCAUCGAACGCUCCUAUCGCCCACGAAGCCGCUCGCCGCUUGGACGUCGUGAAAGAGACGUGCGAGACGAUCGCGAGUUUGACAGAAGAGACCGCGAUGAUCGGAGAUUUAUGCCCAGAGAAUACGACUCCUACAUUGGCCCAGCCGGUGCGACCAAGCCUGGACUGCGCACGCUUGACACGCACCGCGGUGCAUCGGGCCCAUCGGACUCGAGACAUGUUCCAGGAACACCUACAGGGCCAACCCCCCAUUCGUCGCAUCACGCUUCUCCGUCGGACCGGCUAGGUUCACAGGCAGACACGUACUCGCGACGCUCCUCUCUUGCUAUUGACCCUCUAUCCGCCAAGGAUCCCCGUCGGGAACCUGGCAAGGACGAAGCCCUGCUCGCAAGCCGCGCAGAAGCGUCCAGAGAAAGGUAUGCCCCACGCGCUUCGUCGCCUCCUGCUUCUAUUCCGGCCUUCGGAGGAUCUAAUGUCUGGAGGGCUCCUCCUAUACCCGAGACCGCCAAACCAGUUCCUACUACUCCAGCGCCACUGCCACCGCCACCGUCGAAACCUGCUCUGCCCACACCCUCAGCUUCUGCCGCACCCGCUCCACCAGUCACAGCACCCGUCAUUCCAACAGCACCAAAGGCCAGCAUCCCUCCUGGUCUCUCCAUUGCGCCGCCCACAGGACCAAAAGCCGAGAGAUUACCAGAUCGUCUUUCUGGAGAGGCACUCGGUCAAGAUAACAAUACUAAUAGGGCAGGGUUUGCCGCGCCUCUGCGUAUGGAACCUCCCUCAAUACCUCCUUCUCUAGUACCUACUCAGGUCACCGAUGUUCCAGGAUCAAAUAGUGUAGCCCCCAAGCCGCCAGUCGCCCCCCACGUCUCAUCCACGCCUGCAAAUGUAGCCCCUCUCACAACCCCUCCUCAACCUGUUCCAACAGCUCCAGCCAAGUCCCCUCCUCAGGGCCCGGCACCCAGGCAGCGUGUACCCCCGGUAGCUCCACAGGCAGUACACCGUGCCAAUGCGUCGCCAUCUUUCUCCAGAGCCCAGCUUCCGCAGUAUGACCCAAGAGAUGCGUCCCCAAGUACGUUGCCUACCACACUGGCCGGCCAGCGCAGUGGCAUCGGAGGUGCCUCUUUGAUCAACACAUCGCCCAAAAGCUUGCCAGCCAACAUACCCACGGGUCCAAAGGCAGAUAGGGCACCAAUGGCUCCUCGACCACCUCCAAUGUAUCCUCCGUCAGACCGACCCAGUUUUCCCAGUCCACGAGUGCCCAUGGGUGGAGGUCCCAAAAGCAUGCAAUGGGUACGGCCAGGUCUCAUCCCCAACCGACCAACAGUUCCUAGCAAGCGAGAGUUCCCGCACGAAGACCGCGAACGAGCAUUCGGCACAGCUCCAAAAGCGCCUAGGCUUGAGAACAAUGCACCUACUUCUCAAAUGCCCCAGUCACACCAAGCCAAGUCGGUGUCUCCGUCCUUCUCAAGGGUAGUAGCUACCUCGGAAAGGCCAAGGGAACGUGCUGUGUCCGCAGAGCGGCCCUUGGCGCCCUCACCCAAGCCGACUCCACUCGAAACACGGCGACACUCGGACGUGGUCAUGGCAGAGGCAUCUCCAGGCUUGGUUAGACCACCCAUGUCGGUCGCAUCAUCGGCUCCAGAAGCAUUACAAGACUCGGACGACGAUGUUGACCUUGACGAGGAUGACUUUGCCGAGUCUGAAGCAAAGUACAAUCGCGAAAGAGCGCGCUUGGAGGCCAAGCGCAUCGAUUUGAGUGCUCCACACUUGCGUGCUACCAGUCCCCUGCAAGAGAUUAUACUGCUGUCAUGUUUGACCGUGGAUCAUUUGCCCCAGGGGCUGCUUGAACCAAGAUCUGCUGAUGAAGUAACCUCUCCUUUAAUCCAAGAGACGUCAGAUCCGCCUCAGGACCACCCUCCUGUAGAGAGUGUUACAGCCGAACUCCCAACGCCAAGAGCAGAGGAUCUGGAGGACGUCGAGAUGGGGGAGAAGGAAGAAAAGUCAACAGCACCAGCGACAAUGGCACUUCGUCUGCGACGCGAGACCUCUUUAGAUCAAGAAACGCUUCCUGAUCUCAGCACUCUACCCUAUCUAGGCUCCGGUCCGCCAACGCCUUUGUCUGACAUUGGCCAAGAUCGACCAAGCUUGUCUGAUUCCAUUAUGCUUGCCAUGCGUGAUAAGCUACGCAAGAGUAUCGAGCCGCAGCUAAGCACCGAGGAGAUACUGCAGCAAUAUGCUACUGCGUACAAGCAAUGGCGGCUGUCUAUUCGUUCGUGGGAUGAUGAGCGUGAACAGGAUGACCAGGAACGACAACCGUCAGCUGAGCCCAUGUUGAAGGCGAUCACUCCCGACAUUCAAAGUGCCGCAAUGACCGGGCUACUGGAUGGCUCAUUAGCACCCACAGGCCGGAGAAGUCAUUCAAGUCGAUGGGCAACCGAGCUGGACCUCGAGGCAGUCAUCAAGGAGUCUCUGAAGACUGCUGAAGAGGAACGCAUGGGCAAAAGGGAGAAGGAACCUAGAAAGGCCAUGGCUGAUCCAGAGAAGGAGGCCACUCUUCCCUUGGAACUUACCGAGUCGGAAGCCCAACGGCGACGAUUCAUCGACACCAACUUCCAACGCGAGCCUGGACAAGGAAUUUUUGUGUUCCAUUAUGAGCCACCCGAGGACGAUUUCACAGAAGAGGAGCACCGCGUCAUGGUCCAAAACUACAAAGAUCAGUAUGCCAAGAAAUGGGGCAAGUUGGCAGAAGUCCUGUAUAAAGAAGUUGGGACAGAGCGAACCUACAAAGACUGCAUCAACCACUACUACGCUACCAAGUGGGGCAGGGAAUACAAGGGUAAACUCAAAGGAAGACGCGGUGGGGUUAGGAAGCGCGGCGGUGCUGUUGCACGUAAUCGCGCAGCUAUGGCUAACAUGGACCGACCUGAGAAUCCUGGAGAAGAAGGAGUCCCUUUACCCGUCACAGAGACUGGACGACCCCGACGUUCGGCAGCGCCAACCUUUGGCGGGCCAGAGACGGAGUUUGAUGCUACCGCAGCAACAGGCACUCCAGGACGCGCACGCCGACAGACGGAUGCUGAUGGAACCCAAGAAAAGGCUGCAAGGCGCGGGAAGGCGGCCAAGGACAAGCUGGGUCGGAAAGCGAAGAACUUGCCCCUUGCGGCUGCGCCUGCUGGAUCACCAGUCAAGAUUGAUCGAAAAGAAAGGGCGGGUCUCGGCGUCAAGCUGGAGGACGAAUUCGGCAAGCGACCACUGGGUGAAAUGCCCCUCCCUAUCCACGCAGGUCUCAUAGAGGAUCAGAUGCUCUUGUCUGGUGAUCCCCAACUCUUUCCAGGACUGCCUCCUAGUAUGAUGGAACGUCCAAAGACUCAAGCCAGUGCACGACCUGGUCCUUCUAGUUACUGGUCCGUCUCGGAACUGCAAGACUUUGACAAGAAUGUAGCACACUUUGGAACGGACUGGCUGGCAAUUGCGAAUCACAUGGGCACGAAAACGCAUACCAUGAUCAAGAAUCAGUACCUCCGCCUGGUCGAAGGUGGUAGAAUGGAGCUUGAGCAAGUGGCCAAGGAAGCAGACGUACGGAGAGAGCGAGGCGAUGAUCUCGGACCACCGCCAACACCCACUCCAGCACCCAAGAGACGCUAUGAGAGCACACAGACGGCGCCUAUUCGUCAGAUCGCACCUACGCCUGAGCACAAAUCUCCAGUUCUGGGUGCGCUUCCGCUUCCGAAGACGUCACCUCCCACUGCAACUCCAUCCUCUAGGUUCUCCACCAUCGCGCAGGCACCUACACAGGGCAAGCCUUUGGUACCUGCAUCUGCAUAUCCUUCUCUACCGGAAACUAGUCUGGCGUCUGUACCGUCGUUGCCACAACAGCAGUCACCUCCUGCUCCACCACAGCGAUCGCAGCCGCAGCCGCAACACCAUCAUCAUCAGCAUAAUUUGUCCCAGCACAAGCCGCCGCACCUAGGGCCUCGUGCUGGCUAUUUUUCGGAUGAUUUACCGCCUCGUCUAGAGAACCGGCCACCAUCGCAGUCCACAACAGCUCAACAACCGCCUACUAGGACCAUGCAGCAGCAACAUGUGCCUUCGCAGAGUCGCGCACAUGAGCAGCAUCAAUCGCCCAUCUAUCGCAGUCUUACCUACCAAGAGCGGGACAAUAUAGCCAGAUCCGAUGCCCAGCAGGAGCAAGAAGCUCAACACCGGUACCAACAACAGCACGCUCGGCGGAUAUCUCAAGAGAUGCAUCACCACAGACCCUUCGCUCCUGGGGCUGCACCGCCACUUAUGCCCCCUGUGCGUUCAAACUCUGCAGCGAGAUCACCCGAGCAUCGCUCAUUAUCGUACUCACAUUCUCGCCACCUUUCUCAGGUUCAGCCAAUCAGUCAGUCGCCGUCGGAAGUGUAUCCUCAAGGGCAUAGCAGCCUUCCUAGCAUGCAACAGUUGCCACCUCGAUCCUCGGUCCUUACUCCACCAGUAAAGGAGGAGCCACGAAACGCUCCAUCAUCUACAAUUCUUCCGCAAACGCAACAGCAGUCACAGCUGCAUCUCCAACAUCAGCUUCAUUCCCAGCUUAGUCAGGCUCCCAUGCAAACUGCUCCAGCACCUACCGCCCCCAAGCCUGCUGCGGAGCCAAGAAAGUCAAACCUCAUGUCUCUACUCAAUGACGAUGGUCCGGAAGAGCCUAGGCGCAAGAAACCAAGCGAUCGGGGACCAUCACCGCACAGCACCACGCCACAGCCAUCAGGGUCGAUUGCUCCCCCUCCUCCCUCGACUGCGCAGGGAUACCCGUCUUCUUCCAGACGUUCUCUAUAUGAUGAACCCAUGACUAGUCAGUCGGCCUACACUCGGCCGUCUUAUGCCCCACAGUCUUCGCUGCCCAGUGCGGCGUCCAAUAGGCCGAUUGACUUGACAGUUGAACAAGCUUCAGCAGGCAGGCCCAACUUGCGCGAAAGUUGGCAACAAAGACAGCAGUUUCAUAAUCAAAGUCAAGCCCAGCAGCCAGCGUCACUCCCUCCUUCACAAUCCAACUUCGGUGACGUCAGGAUGUUCGGUAACCACCGUUCUGUCUUUGCUCAACACAACGCCCCUCGGCACAACCCAUCACCGCCACCCCUUGCCGGGUACGGCAACUCGCCUCAUCUGCAUUCACGCACUCCGAGUAUUAGUGGACCUCGUCAUGGUAUCCCAAACACGACUGCAGCACAGCAAUCGCAAGCAGCCCUUGCUGGCUCUCAGAUUCUGCAGCCCAACCCCUAUGCUCAAGUGGAUCCCGCCGGAGGUAGUGCACCACCCUCUGGUCCCAUGGGUAUGCGUCCCAGUCCACGUAUCCAUACCAGUCAUCUGGCGCAACAAAGAGAUACAUCAGGACGGAACGAGCUCUCUCAGGCCCAGAACGCGAGCCUUUCUUAUUCGAACCCCCAAACACCGAAUGAGCAGCCUGUUCAUCAGCACCUUCGGGGCCCAAGUAGUCUGGCAGACCCAUAUCGAGGGCGUGAUCCUCGAGACCCUCAUCGCGACCUAGAGUCUCGCAAUUCGGACCGCGACACUAGCCGCGAGCUAUCUCAAAGGACCGACUACUUGCGUGAGCAACUAUCGAAUCCUGCACAACGGUCGGCAGGUCCAAUGCACGAAGAUCUGAGGUAUCAGCCACAACAGGAUCGAGGCUACCUAUCUCAACGGUCGCAAACUCCGUUGUCUAGAAUGGACAAUGGACAGCCUCCUCCUCUGCAGCAUCCCCCCCACUCCUCUCUUGGAGCUGGCAAUAUCUCUAUUUACGGUCAACGACCUGCGGAAGAGGCCUCGCAUCGAUUCUCACAAACCUUUGCGCGCGAUCGAGGCAUCGCGGAACGCAUACACGAAGAGCAGGUACAGCAACAAGCUGCCUUGAACCGAGACGACUUCCUGCGGAGAGAAAGCGAGCGGGAGAUGCAGAAUCGAGAUUUCAGGGAUAGCUUGCUAAGAGGGAGGGACAUGAGGGGCCCACCACCGGGUGCUGGACCUGGACCAUCACGAUCUGGUCAGGAACAGAGAGCUCCUCCGAACGGACCGGGCAUUAUGGAUUGGGCGAGUGCGCCUCGGCAUCCGCAGGACAGGGGAUGGCAGCAGCGAUAA